AGUGUCUGGCUUUCACUAAGGUCUGUGACCGUGUUUUUCCUGUGCCUGUUUGCCUAAUAUAUUCCUGCUGGGGCCAGGAGAAAGGCGGAAAAGGGACGGGCAGAAGAGUGAAGGCUGCAAUAGUACACCCUGACUCGCUGACAGAGAAUGCGGAGAGGCCGAGGCCUCCGGUCAUUAUUGCUGGAUGGACAAGCACUAACAAAACAAGAGAAAGAGGAAAAAGAGAGAAGAAGAAACAUACUUUGUCAAGUUUUCUGCGAGGACCUGCCCUUCUGACUAAAGGGCAGAGGACUGUUUCUCAACUCUGAUUUUAUUUUGUCUUUUUUUUUUUUGCUGUGACAUUGGAGCCACUUUUAGAGCCACACGCUCUGACAAUAUUAGGGGAACUACAACUAGACAUCAUUUCACAACAGACAACACAACUGAAGGACGAUCUUGGUGAACUUUGAUGCAGAGGAGACUACAGGGAGUCUGUAAAAAAUGGGAAAACCUCUGCAAGUCAAGAGUCAGUCCGGACUAGAACUGGCUCAGAUCGGCAGAUAACGCUUCCACACAGCGAGAACAGGUUGGACUAGUUUAUAAGUUAGGGAAGAGGGCAGGGCAGUUUAACCCUGCCUGAAAGAGAGUAGUAGGUGGGUUUUUUUUGUGGGGUUGUGCCCUUUUUGAGAGAAAGCAGUUCGCUCAGAGAAGGGAGAAAACCAGCCAAGCGUCUUCUUUUUUUUAAUUUGAGAGGAACACCGUUUUGCCCCUCUUCAUUUGGUUUGUAGGUGACUUUUCUCGUUCUGAAGGGGAGCGAGUGAGCGAGAGAGAGAGGGGGGGGGGAGAAAGAGAGAGUCAAAGUGUAAUUUAUUGUUUCCUGUGAAAGGGCAGGCUGCACCCUUUUCUCCUGCUUGAACUCUGAACCAGUCGAUGUGUCUGAAGUUUUUCUCAGACCUCGGGAGCCAUUGAUUCGAGGUCAAAGCAGAAAACACGGGGGUGAAAGGAAAGAAAGGAGAGCAGAGGGAUAAGGAGGAGAGUGGAGGUAAGAGGAAUUAGAAGCUCUUGGAGGAGAGAAACCUUCAGGUCAUUUCAGCCGGACAGCGGGUGGGGGAGAGGUCAACACAAGAAGCUGGUAACAACUUUUCUUCACACCUUCAACAUACUCAUCUGCACCUCAAGGGGAAGGAGGGGGGGGGACUGCUUCGGACGUUACUCUGGAGGUAUUUCAUUCUGGUCCUCGGUAUAAACUGGAACGAUUUUGACACCAGAGAAGAGGGCCGAGCAGUAGGUGUUCAGAAGUGUGUGUGUGUAUGUUUCACUCGCCGCUCAGUCGUGUGUCUCCGGUAAUAUGGCCAUGGUGAGCGGGGGAUGGGGCAACCCCAACGGGGACACCAAUGGACUGGAGGAUAAAGCUUACCUGAGGAGGACCAAGGAGGAGGGCUCUCCCCAGGCUGGUAGCAGCGACGUGGACGUAGGGGACGAUGACAAGGCCUGCGUGGUGGAUUGCGUGGUGUGCGGGGACAAGUCCAGCGGCAAGCACUACGGCGUGUUCACCUGCGAGGGCUGCAAGAGCUUUUUCAAAAGGAGCAUCAGAAGGAACCUGAACUACUCCUGCAGGUCAAACCGAGAAUGCCAAAUAGAUCAGCAUCACCGCAAUCAGUGCCAAUACUGCCGCCUGAAGAAAUGUUUCCGCGUUGGCAUGCGCAAGGAAGCUGUCCAGCGUGGCCGCAUUCCCCCAACUCACUCAGGUAUCAGUCCCACCACCCUGGCAGGUGGUGGGGUUGGCGGAGCAGCGCCAGGCCACAUCGGAGGCGACUAUUUCAAUGGCCAGCCAGUUUCAGAGCUCAUCUCCCAGCUUCUCCGUGCUGAGCCCUACUCCAGCAGUCGCUAUGGGGCCCAAUACAGCCAGACGCAGAUGCAAGCCUCCGCCAGUGGUGCCGCCGUCAUGGGUAUUGAUAACAUCUGCGAGCUGGCAGCCCGGCUCCUCUUUAGUACCAUCGAGUGGGCUAGAAACAUCCCAUACUUCCCAGAGUUGCCUGUCUCAGAGCAGGUUGCAUUGUUGCGGCUGAGCUGGAGUGAGUUGUUCAUUCUCAAUGCAGCGCAGUCUGCCCUGCCCCUCCACAUGGCUCCCUUGCUGGCAGCAGCUGGUUUCCACUCCUCUCCCAUGUCUGCAGAGCGAGUGGUAUCCUUCAUGGACCAGGUCAGGGUGUUUCAGGAUCAGGUUGACAAGCUGACCAGACUGCAAAUGGACUCAGCAGAGUACAGCUGCCUCAAAGCCAUUGCCCUUUUUUCACCUGAUGCCUGUGGUCUGACUGACCCGGCACAUGUGGAGUCUCUGCAGGAGAAGGCCCAGGUGGCCCUGACAGAGUAUGAGAGGUUGCAGUACUCCAACCAGCCUCAGCGCUUCGGCCGCUUACUGCUUCGCCUGCCUGCCCUGCGCGCUGUGCCGGCCAACCUCAUCUCACAGCUCUUCUUCAUGCGGCUGGUUGGCAAGACGCCCAUUGAGACGUUGAUCCGAGACAUGCAGCUAUCGGGGAGCUCGAUCAGCUGGCCCUAUGCACCGGGGCAGUAAGCCCUCACCGAGUGCUACAGUAAGAUGGAGAGGGAUCAGACAGGGAAGACACAUUCCCUCAAAAAAGAUUUGAUUAAGACAGAAAUGUUAUUUGCAUGAAUACAAGAAAACAUGUACUCAAUUUUUUACAGGUUCAAAAGCCCCCUUGUUGGCAUAUAGGACAGUUUUUUCUCUACACAUAGCCAAAUAACAUCCUUGAGGACGUCCGGUUGACACUUCCCGUGGUGAUUGGCUCUGAAUGAAAGCUAUGAAAUGAUGGCAAUAGAGCAAUUUUGUGUUUAUAUGUGUUCACAGCACUUCUUAGUCUUUGUCCGACCUCUGUCUGAUCUCUUCCUGUCUCAAUGAAGACAGAAAACAGGACUUUGAUACUAGGACUAUAAUGCAAGGCCAUGUGCCUAUACUACCUCUUCCCGCAGCACCCCUCAUGUGACUUCGUUGGAGGCCAGGCUCUGUGUAUUCUCUCUAUUCCCUCUACUAGAUUCUCUAUGAUGCCAUCUCAUCAUCCUCAAACAUGUUAAUUGUCCCAACUUGGAAUCUGUUGUUUAGCCCACACAUUUUCUGUGCAGACAGGUCCAGGAAUGCCCUAUAAUGCAAAGUAAAACUUUAUGUAUACUGCAAGUUGUCAGUGCGCAAAUAAUCUGGCAGAAAGAAAGUGGGGGUAAAAUGUCUAAUACAAUGGCCUCUCACACACACCCUGGUUCAACAGUCACAUCCCUGUCUUACAUUAUUACCUCAUGUUUUAUAAGUCAAAGACAAAGAUUGUAUAGCGAGCUGUUCAUGCGCUAAUGAGGAUGUAUAAAUAAGGGAUCAAGGCAUCAUCAUCAUCACCAAAGUCAUCAUCAGCAUCAGUUGCUGAUGCCAAACCUACAUUUGAGAAAGAAAAUGGCUUGAAAUAUAGUGCUUGACAUUUGCUUGAUUGAAGAUGACACUCAAAAAGUUGACAUAGUUUAUGGUUUAGGUUAAAGUCAAUGGCCACUGUUUAUUCCCCCCCUAAACAUUGUUUUUUCCACUGUCUCCUCUGAACAUGCAGGGGGAAAGGUAAUUAUUUUGCUUCUCUCAUCAAACAUCUGUUGUUGUCUCAUACUCUGUAAACUAAUGUGCUUAAUGAACAGAGAGGUUCUUUGCAGACUGUGGCAAUUGUCCAAAAGAUUAAAGGUACUCGAACAUUUAAGGUAUAAAUGUCAGGCUCUUCGCUGGUACUGCUGUGAAUGGUAAAAGGUAAAUUAAGCUUAUACUAUGAGUACUGUUGUCAUGGACUGUGGCUCAGUGUGACAAAUAUGUGUCCUGCCAAAUUACUUACUUGAAAGCACAAGAUUGUGUGGAGUUGAUUUUUUUUUUUUUUUUUUUUUUUUGGUAUAUUUUUGUAUUCCCUCUCAUAUCAUACUCUUAAAAAAAACCAUUGACGACGGUUGCGGGUGUUUUUCAAACAAGUCCAUCAUCUCUGGCAGUCCUUCAGUCACAGUUAUCUUUGGUGGGAGUUUGACCAUUGUGAUUUGACUGUUUACUUUUACAUUGAAAACAAUCACGUUUCUAUUGCCAUGUCAAACCAAAAUGUAAAGAAACUUCAUAUUGCUGUCUUUGGUUAUUUUUGCAUUGCUAGGAAUAAAGUACGCACACUCCUUCUUUGGUCGAAUUUCCUCCAUCUCAGGGUAAUUUAUAAAUACAUGUGCACAAAAGGUUUUGUAUUAAUACCAGUGAUUCCAAACUGACAUAGCUAUUGACAUUGCUCACAUGAAGUGCGUACCUAUAGGUUUGUAUUUUCCAAAAUAA